ACCGACCGCGUGCCGUUUCUCUCAUUAGGCCUCCCCAAACACUGACCAUAAAUUGGCGUAGAGCCCAAGCAACGAGCUCCCGUUUUAAUCAUCGUGAUCGCGGAUCUCGUUGUAAAUUUUUGAGCAGUAGAAGUUAGAGUUUAUAGCAAACAAUGGAGUAUUCUGGUAAUUUACAGCAGAAGCUGGUGUAUGGCGAGGCCGGUUAUGUGCUCGAAGAUGUUCCUCACCUAACUGAUUACAUUCCUGAUCUCCCUACUUAUCCCAAUCCGUUACAGUCCAAUCCAGCUUAUUUAGCAGUUAAGCAGUACUUUGUUGAUGCGGAUGACGCAAUUGCUCACAAGAUUGUUGUUCACAAAGGUGACGCAAGAGGGACGCAUUUCCGGCGUGCUGGACCUCGCCGACAGGUGUAUUUUGAAGCAGAUGAAGUAUAUGCCUGUAUUGUAACAUGUGGUGGCCUUUGCCCUGGGCUCAACACUGUGAUCCGGGAAAUUGUCUGUGACCUUCAUGACGCGUACGGUGUCAACAAAAUCCUUGGAAUAGAUGGAGGAUACAGGGGUUUCUAUUCCAAAAAUACCAUUGAUUUAACACCUAAGGUUGUUAAUGACAUCCAUAAGCGUGGUGGUACCUUCCUUGGGACAUCACGAGGAGGCCAUGAUACCACAAAGAUAGUUGACUGCAUCCAGGAUCGUGGAAUUAAUCAGGUUUACAUAAUUGGAGGAGAUGGAACUCAAAGAGGAGCUGCAGUUAUUUACGAUGAAAUUAGGUGCCGUGGCCUCAAAGUUGCAGUUGCUGGAAUUCCAAAAACUAUUGACAACGAUAUUCCAGUUAUUGACAAGUCCUUUGGUUUUGAUACUGCGGUUGAGGAGGCCCAGCGUGCCAUUAACGCAGCACAUGUUGAAGCUGAAAGUAUACAGAAUGGCAUUGGACUUGUGAAGCUCAUGGGACGCUAUAGUGGUUUCAUUGCGAUGUAUGCUACACUUGGCAGCCGAGAUGUAGACUGUUGUUUGAUUCCAGAGUCACCCUUUUAUCUUGAGGGACGUGGUGGACUUUAUGAAUAUAUUGAAAAAACACUCAACGAAAAUGGGCACAUGGUUAUUGUUAUAGCAGAAGGAGCAGGACAGGAUCUUCUAUCAGAGAGCUUGCAGUCCAUGAACCAGCAAGAUGCUUCAGGGAACAAGCUUCUUCAAGAUGUUGGGCUAUGGUUAUCUCAGAAGAUUAAGGACCAUUUUUCCAGCCGACACAAGAUGGCCAUUACUUUGAAAUAUAUAGAUCCUACAUACAUGAUCCGGGCUAUUCCAAGCAAUGCAUCUGACAAUGUGUACUGUACUGUCCUUGCUCAUAGUGCAGUACAUGGAGCAAUGGCGGGGUAUACAGGCUUCACAGUUGGCCCUGUCAAUGGCAGGCAUGCUUACAUUCCUUUCUAUAGAAUCACUGAGAAGCAGAAGAAAGUUGUCAUUACUGACAGGAUGUGGGCAAGACUGCUCUCUUCUACAAGCCAGCCAAGCUUCUUGAGUGACGAAGAACUUGCUGAAUUCAAGAAACGUGCUGAAAUCAAGAAAGAGGAACAACAUCAAGACCAAUUGUUGUAUGAUGAAAGUUGCACAGAUAAACCAAUCUGAGCUAAUGACAGAAGAACCUACAAAGAAUACCAUCCGUUACUCCGAUGGAUAAGAUACAUGAUGGUAAAUUAGAACACAAAUGAAUUUUAAAAUAUUUGGCACACGGAUUGCCUAUGCAAAUUAGCUGCAUAUAAGAAUAUCUAAAGUUAUGAAGAAUAUAAGUCAUCAGAGAUCUGGAUAUUUUCAUACAAGGAUCCCCAUCCGACAUAAUUGUUCAGUGAAGAUGACUCAACAACCCUUGUAGAUGCUGGAGGGAUCGGCAUUUUGAAUAAUCCAUUGAUGCUCCAGAAGCUUGUGUAGUGGAAGGCGAUGUGCAGAAUCCUUGACAAGCAUCUGUUUUACAGAAGAAGAAUAAAACAAAAAGGCAUAAUAUGAUUGAAAGCAUUUAACUUAAUGUAGUUCAAGCAUAAGAAUAAACCUGGCUAAUGACAUCCUUAGCGGCAGAAGACACAUUUGGUUUAGGAGGAAACUUCAAAUCCACUUGGACAAUCCUGAAAAAGUAGUAAUCAAUUUUGAUGCGGGCUGUUCCUUUUUCAAUUUACAAAGAAAACUGGCUUUGACGUCUGAUUGC